AUGCAUGGUGUUUGUGUUACAGAUAUCUGGUCGUUGGGGGUGAUCCUCUACAUGCUGGUGUGUGGACAGCCCCCUUUCCAGGAGACCAAUGACAGUGAGACGCUCACCAUGAUCAUGGACUGUCGCUACACCGUCCCAGCCCAUGUCUCCGCAGACUGCAAAGAGUGAGUACCACCCAUCACCUCCAGAGUUAGGCCCCCAGCUCUCACACAUCCAUGCAUUGACCUUAACACGGUGUCAUGUUAUAUGACAGGCACAGUGACCUAUAUACAAUGCAGUGAGAAUAUGUCAUAUGGUUUUAUAAUUCUGUCAGAUGCUGUGGUUAUAUGACAAGAAUACUUACACACAUAAUAAUCAUGAUGCCAGUCAGUUGUCAGCUUUCCGUGUUUUCGAAUGCAAUGCCCCAACCUGUCCUACCUCAGUCUGCCCCAGCCUAGAUCAUGCCCAGAAACGAUAAACACAUGGGAAACCAGAGGUGGAGUGAGAAUCUUAUCAACCCCAUGUUGCCUAUCGCCCAAACUCUAAACCUCACAGCUAACUGACAACCUUGUACAAACAGCCUUCUGGACACGGUGUACCCUGUGAUCAUUGGCUGUUUUUGUCAAUUUUACAUUUACAUUUUAGUCAUUUAGCAGACGCUCUUAUCCAGAGCGACUUACAGUUAGUGAGUGCAUAGAUUUUCAUACUGGCCCCCCGUGGGAAUCGAACCCACAACCCUGGCGUUGCAAACGCCAUGCUCUACCAACUGAGCUACACAGGACUGUGUAGCUACAUGGGGGCAAGCCAAUCACUGAAUAGGGAAUACAAUACUGAAAGUUGAUUUGAGGGGACCAGCCAACCAGUGGGUAGAAUAAAGAGAUAAAGGGAAAGUUCAUGUCAGGCAUUCUAGGAAACUGAGUGAGUUGGCUUCAACCCAUGCUGUAUUGGAUUGGUAUGGGUACUAUCAAUCCCUGCAUACCUAGUCCAUUCCACAUCUGACCCCAGAUCUCACCCCAGCUCUGGUAUCUAUUAAAGAUCAAUCUUGACAAAACUGUAUUUGUUUUAAAAGUGAUCUAUUAGCUGAGCCCCUUGGUAGCAGUGCUAUUUGUGGUUGAGACUCAAGAACACCCCUGCAGCCCCUGAACCCCAGACCAGAGACCUCGCAGAUCUUGCGGUUCUGAAUCAGAUGAUUGUGCCUCAGACAUCUGGAUGACUGGCUCAGGAACAGUUCCAAACAUAGAACCUGGGUCACAUGACCAGGGCCCUGAUGAAAGCUCCUUUAAAGGAAGAUGAUUCCUUGCUAAACAGAACAGUUUAGUCCUGCGGACACCAUCAACUGAGCGAAAGCAGAGACCUCCUCUCUCUCUCUCUCUCUCUCUCUCUCUCUCUCUCUCUCUCUCUCUCUCUCUCUCUCUCUCUCUCUCUCUCUCUCUCUCUCUCUCUCUCUCUCUCUCUCUCUCUCUCUACACUCUUAAUUUGUAUUUAGUGCUUUACUCUACAGUAGUGUUGUGAGAUAUGCAUGGGUCAGUUAGGACAGUAUGUAAAUUAUUAAUUUCUAUAAAUAUUUAAGUAGUUGUAUGAAUAGGAUAUACCAAACAACAACAGCAUUAUUGGAGGUUCAGAGAAACAUGGGUACUUACACAGUAUAGAUGGAUUUAAGGGCAAAUUGAACAUUUCUGAUAAGGGCAUUGGGGAGGAUGGAGCCGUUAGUCUGAUUUGGUGAUCCUGGUUUUACAUGGUUAAACCACGUAAAGACACGCGCACACACAGACAGACACACUAUGCCAUGCCUCUCAGCAAAUUAUCUGCCUGGCCCUGCAUGGAUGCACAUAAAGACUGUCUGAGGUCUGCAGGCGCUCAUAAAUAUAUGAGAUAGACAGUUUGAUCUCAUUCCCUCUCUUAUCACAGAAAUAUGGGGUUAUGUGCUUUGCCUGUCAAUUACUGAAUCCGUGUACAUGAGAACUUCACUCACUUGUACUGGUGUUCCAAAAGGAGAUAUUUAUAUAUAGUAUCUGGUCCAUAGAAGAUGAAUUCUCUCUCUCUCUCUCUCUCUCUCUCUCUCUCUCUCUCUCUCUCUCUCUCUCUCUCUCUCUCUCUCUCUCUCUCUCUCUCUCUCUCUCUCUCUCUCUCUCUCUCUUUCAGUCUGAUCUCCCAAAUGCUGCAGAGGGAUCCAUCUAAUCGUGCCUCCCUGCAGGAGAUCGAGAACCACCCCUGGCUGCUAGGGGUUGACCCCUCGCCAGCGGGGCACAGUGCCGCCCCCCUCACCUCCCAUCGUAGCCUGUCCCCAGAGGAACACGAGGUCAUCCUCCAGGCCAUGACCAGUGGCAAUAUUGCAGACCGCGAUGCCAUCCAAGAGUGAGGACUUCUCUACAUCUCCCUCUCCUUCCCAUAUUCUCUCUAUCCUCUUCCUUUGUACUCUGCCACAGAUCUGUACGUUUUUCAAGCAAGAGAACUUGGUGAAAUGUGUUAUGGAUGUAGUUCAUUUUGAUAGUUAAUUUUUUAUUUUAAGUGUAUACCAAUCAUUGUGUUGCACCCAGGGCUCUAGAGGCGGACCGAUACAACCACAUCACAGCCACGUAUUACCUGCUGGGGGAGCGCAUCCUGAGAGACAAGCAGGAGCAGCCCAGCGAGAUGCCCAAAGUCGACAGUGCGUGGGCCGAGCCACCACAACUCCAGUAAGACCGAUUAACAUCCCUGACAGCCACAGUACAUACUAGGCCACUAACUGAUCAUGAACACUACUAAUGUCCCUGUUUCUUCUAUAGGAGGCCACUGUCUGAGCCUCUGGAUCUGGAGCAGAGGGGGCUCCAUGGACUGCUGCCUGGCUAUCCCCGCCGAGGGGUGUCAGAGUCUGGGGACUUCCUGGCCCACAGGCCCCUCCUGCUCCAGCCACAGCCAAGUCGCACAGAGAGCCCCUUCCCUGAGUACAGCACAGGGCCCUGUCUGGGGCUCACCCUGUGUCCCCCACCCCCUGAUGAACUCCUGCAGGUCAAAAGCCUGGGAGCCCUGCAGCUGAUCUGUGAAGAGGAUGAGGAAGAAGAGGAGGAGGAAGAGGCAGUCAAACCACAUGUUGGACUUCAUAAUAUUCAAGCACUGCCUCACAUAGUAGGCUUGGUAUCAACCACAGGGUCUACAGAACAGUCAAGUCCCAUGCUCUCAGCUCCAGAGGCUCCACAGAGGCACCCAGUCAGAGUAGUGCCAGGUCAGGGAGAGGAAACAGACCUGUUGGGCACCUCCGUGAAGGAAGCACUGGAGACAGAGAGGGGGGAGGGGGACAGGGAGCAGCAGGACAGGGUUUCCAGCCACAAUAGAGAUAUGGAGCCUGACCAGGUGGCAGCCAGACAGGAACAGGGUAUAGUGGAGUCAGAGAAGAAGCCCAUGGAGGAAGGGGACAUGUCAUGUGACCCGCUGAGGCUAGGUAGUCAUGUGACUUCAGACCAGCCAAUCAAUGGUUUAGAAAACCUGGUUCAGACCAUGGUAGAUAGUCCACUAACCCCUAAAGCUCAUCCUCCAUGCCUGCCUCGCCUAGGGCGGGUGCAGUGUUGUCGGGGGCAACGAGAGACUCCUAGCCCAGACAUCAUGGAAGGGGAGGAAGACACUAUGCUUGAAAACAACAACAACACCACAGAGUCCAAGCCUAAGCUCCUGGUGCAGGGUGGGGGGUCCACCCCAGGCGCUUCACCCUGCUCUCUGCCACGUAACCACUGCGUGGACCUGGGUCCUGAUGGGGUGGAGACAACACGCAAGGUGGGUGGGCCUGGAGGAGAGUCUGAGGGGGAAACGCCGGAGGAGCUCCAGUUGGAGAGAUCCCACAUUCCACCACAGGUUCCUCUUGGGGUCAGAGAGGCAGGGACCGACCCUGCGGUCAGACUGGAUCCUAGGAAGGGGAAGAACGUGAACCUGCGAGACCGCCUGCUGCAGUUCCCCCUCUGUGAGAAGGCCCUGUCCUUCAACAUCCAGCCCACCUCCAAGGAGAAACUCCUGCCCUUCGCCCAGUACAACUGCUGCCACGUGCUGUAG